GCAGACUCGGAGGGCCGAGUCUCGGCAGGACCGGAGAUGGCGCCGCCGGCGGGCGGAACGGUGGCGGCCUCGGACCCAGGCUCUGCAGCGGUGCUACUUGCUGUGCACGCCACUGUGAGGCCGCUAGCCGCGGGGCCGGACGCCGAGGCGCAGUUGCGGAGACUGCAGCUGAGCGCAGACCCAGAGCGGCCCGGGCGCUUCCGGCUGGAGCUGCUAGGCGCGGGUCCCGGGGCGGUCAGUUUGGAGUGGCCCUUGGAGACAGUCUCCUACACCGUCCGAGGUCCCAGCCAGCAUGAGCUGCAGCCUCCACCAGGAGGGCCUGGGACCCUCAGCCUGCACUUCCUCAACCCUUUGGAUGCUCAGCGGUGGGCAGCCCUGGUCCGAGGUGCCACCGUGGAGGGACAGAAUGGCAGUGACAGCCUGCCUCCAGCCCUGAGCCCAGAGACAGGCCCUGUUUCCCCACCCGGCCCCUCUGAAGUGCACAUACCCAAGGCCCCCCAACCCAAGGUGGAUGUUUCCUCACACCCUGGAGACUUGAUGGAGAAAGAAGAGCUGGCGGGGCGCCUGGCCCAGGCCAUUGAGGGUGGGGAUGAGAAGGGGGCAGCCCAAGCAGCAGCCAUCCUGGCCCAGCAUCACGUGGCCCUCAGUGUCCAGCUCCAGGAGAGCUGCUUCCCGCCUGGCCCCAUCAAGCUACAGGUCACAGUUGAAGAUGCUGCGUCCUCCGCCCACAUCUCGCUGCAAGUCUACCCCCACUGCACCAUCUCCACCCUCCAGGAGCAGGUGUUCUCGGAGUUUGGCUUUCCGCCAGCAGUGCAGCGCUGGGUCAUCGGGAAGUGCCUGUGUGUGCCAGAGCGCAGCCUUGCUUCCUACGGAGUCCGGCAGGACAGGGACCCUGCUUUCCUCUACCUACUGUCAGCCCCGAGAGAAACCCCCGGACGCAGCCCUCAGCGUCCUCAGAAGAUGGAUGGGGAACUAAGCCACCGCCUAUUUCCUCAGUCAUUGGGGCUGCCCCAAGCCCCUCAGCCAGCCAGCUCCAGCCUCCCCAGCCCCCUUCAGUCUGGCUGGCCCUGCCCUUCCUGCACCUUCAUCAACAUCCCGAGCCGGCCUGGCUGUGAGAUGUGUAACACUCAGAGACCUCGUGCUUGGGACCCACUUCCUGCGGCCUCCACCCAGCAGUCACUAAUGGUCACAAGGGGAGAGGAUGGCCCUUCCCUUCCAGGCCCGAGGUCCCUGGAUGCCCUCCUGAACCUCUCCGGGGACCUCCGCUGACAGCUCCCUGGGGAUAGAGCCAGUCAUUAAAGACAUUUUGAGCCAA